CUGGUUUUAUAAAUGCAAAAAAUUGAGUAUGUAUAAGUAUUUACCAUCGUGUCGUUAUAGGAAAAUUAAAAAUUGUGUCAUCUCGGGCUAGGAUAAAUGCCAAGAGGUAAAACCCAAGUGAACCCCAGUGUCUGGACACUGGGCACAAUAAGCACAUACACACGCAGGCAGGCGGGCAAGUGUGGGUGCGCAGAUAUAUAAGGAAAACAUCGAGAGAAAGAAAGAGAAAAGAGGAGGAGCAGUCGCACAAUUGUUUCACUCGGUGGAAAAACCAUUGAACGCAAUCCAAUUAAAAUUCUAGUGGCCGAAAAGCGAGCCAUGUAGCUUGCGCACACUGCUAGUGGCCUGGCGAACAGUCGAAAGUUACAUCAAGUCGGUGAAAAGCGCUGAAAGUCGCCUCCAAUCGCUUCGAAUCGGGGAAAACCCAGCAAAAUGGCACUGGCCAACGGGGGAAUCGACUGCAAUCAACCAGAAAAGUUGCCCGCUUCGAUGUGCUGCCCUGGCCCACUGUCGGAUCAGUGAGCGAGCCACCGAGGAAUCGCCCCAGUUGGGAAAAGCACCCUCUCGCCAUGUCGGUAACAUCUUCGAUCGAAAAGCCCACAACCACUGCAGUCCAGCAACAACAGCAGCAACAACAAGCCCAGGAGAGCAAAGCCGCGACCACAACAACAGCCACCAUUGCCAUCGCAGCUGGCCAGGCACAGCAACAACAGCAGCAGCAGAAGCGAAAGUCCUUGAAUCCGAAGCGCUCGUACUCCCUGACGUCGUCGAGUGCCUCCAGUUCUGGUUCCCUGGGGGCGAUAAGGUCCGCGACAUCGCCCUUGGUCACCAGCGUGCAGGAGCGGAAGUCUUCGGCCGGGCAGGCCUUUCCGCCCUUCUCCUACUGCACCGACACCAUAGCGGCGGUGCACCACCAGCGGCAGACGUACGCGCUGGUCCAGAAGCCCCCAUCGCUGCGAUACCAGGGGAAGCCCCACGCCCACACCCACACCCACACCCAUACCCACGUCCAUAAUCAACCCCAUUCGCAUCAGCAUCAGCUGCUGGCCAACUUCUCGCCAACGAUGACCUCGUCGGAGCCCUCGUCCCCGCUGGCCGCCGAAGGCUCUGGGUCCGGAAUCCUCAGCCCCGCGGAGGUCACCACCCAUUGUUGCACCAAUGUCAAGGCCAACAUCACUCCGCUGGCCACACAGAAAAUGCAUCGAACAAUACCAUCUGAUAAAAUUAACCUACGCCUCAUUCUUGUUAGUGGUAAAACAAAAGAAUUUAUUUUUAGCCCGUCAGAUUCCGCAGGUGAUAUUGCACAAACAGUAUUUGAUAAUUGGCCAGAAGAUUGGACUCACGAAACUGUAGCAAAAGCCGAAAUCUUGCGCUUGAUUUAUCAAGGCCGUUUUCUUCAUUGCAAUGUAACUUUAGGAGCGCUGGGACUUCCAUUAGGCAAAACGACUGUUAUGCAUUUAGUGCCACGUGAUAAUUUGCCAGAGCCCAAUUCACAAGAUCAAAGACAAAAUAGUAAAGGCGGUUCUGGAAGAUGCUGUUCCGCAAAUUGCUCUAUUUUGUAACUAAAUUAUUAUAUAAUAGUGUAAUAUUUAAAUUAAUUUGCAUUAAACAAAAAGAAAUAAAAAAAAUAUAUGUAUAAAUUACACUUCUGUGCAGUCAAAAGUAUAUUUAUUAAACUAUAAAAAUGUAUGUCCGGACGAACAAGGCGCUUUGUUUAAAAUAUUAAUGUACAUACAAUAUAUAUUUUAUAUAUGUACCACACAGGAAUUCACGAGCAUCUGCAAAAUGCGUAUACUCUGUAUUAAAGUUGCUAGACUGCAUAUUUAUAACAUGUAAAAUACGGAUACAAUGCUAAUUGCUUUUAGAAUCGGACUUGUUAACCUAAUUAGAAAAUGAGUAAUUACACAACACUUAUUUCGAAUACGUCAAGAAUAUUGAGAAACCUAAUUAUGUGAAAAAUAAGUAAUUCUCCCCUGCGUUCUGCUUUUAAGUGUGCGUCUAUGGAAACAUAAAUUCAGCAAUUACUCGUCAGAUCGAUUCUUUGCCGCGAUGAAGAAUAUUGCAAAUUUUUUUGUUCUGUAUAUAUACCAUAUUUAAUUAGAUUUUAAGUGUUUUCUUCUGUUAAGUUUUAAAAUAUUAUCUGUAAAGUCUAACUUAAAGUCAAUGAUAAAUAAAUAAUCUAAUAUAUCCUUUA